AUGGACACCAAUUCAACGACUUUGACCUUCACCAGUUUGGUGCUGUUGUUGGUGUUGCUGGUGAUGUGCCUGCUUGUUGCAUGCCACUGUUUGGGACCACGUGCCGCAACCUGGAUGCGCAUGCGUUCCAGAUCCAGCAAGGAGGAGAAGAUCGGUCUGUCCAAGCACAAGCACAAACUGUUUCAUCCUAAUGGCUACAUGGCCAGCAUUCAAUCCGGCUCCGAGUUCUUGCUGAGCACAAGCGGCAGCUUCAAGCGCUUUGAUACCAUUGAUAAGGAGGAUUACAAUCGUUCCCAGCAACAGCAGCAGCAGCAACAGUUGCAGCAGCAGCAACAACUGCAACAGUUGCAGCAACACCAGCAACAUCAGUUGUUCCUGGGCAAUGCAGGCGACACCACAACGACCACAACGACUCCCUUGUGGAAUCUGCCCCAGGCGGAUGUCAGCAUUCCGCCACAGCCUUUGCGUCCAGCUCCCGCUCCCAACAGCGCCGGUCCGAGCAGCAAGACGGUGACCUUCUCCUUUGGCCAAAUCAAUGAGUUGGGCUCUGCCACUUUAGAGCGUGCAGAGCCGCGUUCCUGUCUGCGCGGUGCAGGAGGAGUGGGAGGAGUCGGAGCUUCGACAUUGCCACAGCCAUUGGAGGCGCCACCGCCGCCCAGAUUAACCACAUCCGCGUCGGUGACACUGUCUGCCACGGCAAUACCACGUCCCAUUGCCAAGCGACAGAUAUCGCUGCAGCAGGGCAUUAAUCGUGGCCUGGAAGCUGGACAGUUGGAGCUGGAAACGGAGACGGAGACGGAACGUCGUCCGCCGGCUUUGAAGCGUCGCAAUUCCAGCACAAAUCCCUUUUUAUGCGAGUCCACGGAGGCACUGCCUCCAAAUCCAGUUGUCACCACUCCUGUGCCCACGCCCGCUGCCCAGCACAAUGGCAAUCCCUUUGUGCAUAACCAAAGCCUCUCCAGUCGCCUCCUGAAGCUGCACAACACCAACAAUCCCUUCUCCGGACUGACGCAGCGCGUCAAAGGACCUCACAUGCUCCAAAAGACCAUCUCGGAGGAUUAUCUCUUUCGCAAACUGGGCGUCAAUGGACAUGCCAAUCUAAUGGCCAAUGGUAAUGCUAAUGGUAAUGGUAAUGGCAACUCAACCUGGUGCUUUGGACGCUCCUUGAUGCGUCAGGAGUCGAGCAUUAGCCUCGGAUUGGGCAGACGCAACAGUUCGCAGAUGUCCCUGGAUGGCUCCUUGGAGGGCAUCCAUUUGGAGCAUGCCAUCUCCUGUGACUCGGUCAACUCGGAUGCCUCCUCCUUGUGCCUCGAUCAGCUCGAUCAGCCCUACACUCAGAUUACAGGGUAUCUUUGCGUCGGUUUGCAGUACGAGAACAGCCACAACGAGGAGGAGCAAUUGGAACUCACAGUGAGCGUGCUGGAGGCCAAGGGUCUCAUUUGUCCACUCAUCAUGGGACUCGACUCGCUGGACACCUUCGUGAGAAUCUAUUUGGUGCCCGAUCAUGCGGGCGGCAUGCAGACCAAGGUGGUAAGAUCCACACUGACUCCGGCGUACAAUGAGACCUUCAACUUCCGGCUGAAGCGACAAUAUGGCCGUCACUCACUGUGGUUCCAUUUGUACCACAAUGGCCCCGCCCACACGCUGAUUGGGGAGGCGGAGAUGGAAAUUGGCGAGAUGACGCGUCCGGUGACCACAUGGAUUCCCCUGUCGGAUUCACGCAAAUGCAAUGCCCGCUGGGGUGAAUUGAUGUUCUCCCUCAGCUAUCUGCCAACGGCGGAGAGACUCACGAUUGUUGUGGUCAAGGCGCGCAAUCUGAAGCUGGAACCGGAUGCCGAAACGGAGCAACAGAGACAGACACAGUCACCGAGUGCAGGUGCACUGCAGCAUGUGUUCGUCAAGGUCUAUCUGAUGAACAACGACAAAAAGGUGCUGAAGAAGCGCACCUCAUUGAAGCGCCAGGAUCGUUCGCCCACCUUCAAUGAGUCGAUGAUCUUCAGCCUGCCCCCGCAGGGUCUUACCACCGUUCAGCUGCGUCUCACGGUCUUUGGGGUCACGGAUGGGGGAAUCCUGCCGCUGGGUCAUGUCAUUGCCGGCAGCUGUGCGGUGGGCAAGGGACUGCGCCACUGGCAUCAGAUGUUGUCCUCGCUGCGGAAGCCGGUGGCCAUGUGGCAUGUACUGCGACGGGCCGUCAAUCAGCCGGUGUUCGUUGGAGGCGCCGAAGCGGUGGUCGCUGCCAUGCAGAGUACCUUGCAACGGGCCAGUGCCAAGCGCAACAGCAUCGUAUAGAGUUU